AUGCGCUCGUUUACCGCUUCACUCCUUUUGUCUUUGGCGACAGCCACCUCCGCUACUGAACAAGCCCAGUGCGACUUAAUUGCCGACGUUGUUAAUGUUUUACAUGCCGUUCCAUACGCACCGGAACUGUGCUCGUCAUUGCUUCAGUUUUCCACUUCAACUGUCACCUCCACGGCUGUGAACACCGUGACGGACACCAGACCCACAGAGGUCACAGAGACACUCACCGCGACGGAGACGCUUACCCACACGGAGACGCUCACUACCGGUACCAUUACUAGUACUACUGAUGGUGUCUCAGUGGCCGUCACUGAAACCACCACGGUCCCAGCAUGCCCCACAAUCACUACCAUCCUCAAACGAGGUGAUGUUCUCGAGAUUGCUUCCACCAGCACGACUUGCACCGGAAAGAAGUCUGCAAGCAGUGCAGGUGUUUAUCCCACCUAUCCCAUCAGCGCUGCCCAGGUCUCGCCAACAAGCACCAGCUCUACUACGUGCUCCAGUUCUACCUCUACAAAGUCUUCUUCGACUAAGUGCUCGGAAAGUUUGAAGCCGACUUAUGAUGGAUCCUACAACACGGAGGAUUCUUAUCCCACUGGUUCCUCGAGCACUCUGAAGCAAGCUUACGCUGAUUCCUACAACACCAAGGAGUCUUAUCCUACUGGUUCCUCCAGCGUUGACGGAUCCUAUUACGCAGCUAGCUCCAGCGGUGUUUACCCGCAUUAUGCUGUUACCUCGAGCAUCAUUCAGCAAUACCCCGCUGCUUCGAGCGUCAUUCAGCAAUAUCCUGUUGCUUCGAGCAUCAUUCAGCAAUACCCUGCUGUCAACUCGAGCAUUUACCAACCAUAUCCUGUUGUUAACUAUACCACUUCGACAACACCCUCGGUAACACCCUCGGUAACACCAGUCACACCCACCCCCACCCCUACUCCCACUCCAGUCGUGUUGUGUGCAAAGGCACCAGAAGAGCUACAGCAAUUCGAGUGUGAGAAGAUUACCGAGGGCUGUGGAUGCCUUGGCCUGCAAGCGCCUACAACGACUGAGACCAUCGCUGAAAUUACUUCUGUCGUUGAAUAUGCAACAACCACGGCUACGCUCCAGGUCACCACAGUUCAGGAAGAAACGCUUACGCUAUCUGUUGAUGCAACUGAAUACAUUACCCCGACAGUAACUGUUGUUACCAAGGCCACUGAGACAGCGGCUCCACCUGAUUUCAACACCGACGCCAACAACUGCGGUUCAUGCGGCAACGUAUGCCCCAACGGCGGUAGCUGCUCCAACGGCGUGUGCCAGAACCUGAACCCGAACCCCCAAUGCGCCGGCGCCACAUGCCGCAACUACAUCUAUUGUGGUAGCGGCUGUCUCUGCGGCUCCGUCGUUGGUGGCGGCGGUCUCUGUGUCCCCGGUACCACAUCAUGCAGCAGUCCCGCGUGCAAGGCAAACUCGGACUGCGGUCCCAACCAGUUGUGCGUCAUCAACACGUGCUGCAGAGGUGGUGCCGGCAUGUGCGUCUCCGUUCAAACUUCGUGUGUCAACAAUGCUGCCCCGAGGAUGUUGUUUGUGCGACGACCCAGUGAGGGAACUGUCUCUGGAUAG